AUGGUUCUUUAUUUGCAUGAAGGCUGGUCUAACGCCUGUGAAAGCCUCUUCCUGCCACUGAGAGCGAGCUCCUCUGACUGUUCACCUCUGAAGAAACUGGAGAAAGAAGUUCAACAGGUGGCUUUCUCGGCUGCUCUGACCAAUAGUGAUGAGACCCUCGGACCCUCGGAGAGAGAUGUUACUUUGAUCUUCAAACAUGUCGUCACUAACAUUGGUAACGCCUACAACCCACACACAGGUUUUUUCACUGCACCGGUGCGAGGAGCCUACCACUUCGAGUGGCACAUCGGUGAUAUUGGGGGCCGUUCACCUGCUACAGCUGCUGCACUGGUCAAGAACUCGGAGCGUGUGUUUUCCGCAUAUGCCAAUUUGACACCCAGUCAUUUUGAGACUUCUUCUGAGAGCGCUACGCUGCAGCUAGAGGCUGGGGAUGUCGUGUCUGUGAAUAAGUGGGCUACCAGUGGGAUCUAUGACAAUGUAAAUCACCAUGUCACCUUCAGUGGUCAUCUGCUCUUCACCAUGUGACCAGGAAACAGAUGUUAAACGUAAAAAGUUCAAAUCUUGUGUUUUCUUCUGUAUCAGGAUCAGACCUGCAUUAAAGUGCACAUAAUGAGAAACAAUGUAGGCCUAUGGGG